AUGUGGCGCUGCGUUUCUCGUAGCCUGCGGGUUCCAUACUCGAAGAGAUCGGUCUCAUAUGACUCUCUUAGAUCUCACAUUUCCAAAUUGCUCGACAACGAAUCUGUACAAUCCCCUUAUACCAUAGUGGAUCAUACAUAUGAUGCAGUCGUGGUUGGUGCUGGUGGUGCGGGUCUGAGAGCAGCCAUAGGUCUUUCAGAGCAUGGAUUCAAUACUGCUUGCAUUACCAAGCUUUUCCCAACUCGUUCGCAUACUGUUGCGGCUCAGGGUGGUGUAAAUGCCGCUUUGGGGAAUAUGACUGAAGAUGACUGGCGAUGGCACAUGUAUGACACAGUUAAAGGAAGUGAUUGGUUAGGUGAUCAGGAUGCUAUUCAAUAUAUGUGCAGGGAGGCACCAAAAGCUGUGAUUGAACUUGAGAAUUAUGGGUUGCCUUUUUCUCGAACAGAAGAUGGGAAAAUAUAUCAGCGUGCGUUUGGUGGUCAAAGCCUUGACUUUGGAAAAGGCGGACAGGCUUAUCGUUGUGCAUGUGCUGCUGAUAGAACUGGGCAUGCUCUAUUGCACACUCUCUAUGGCCAAGCUAUGAAACAUAAUACUCAAUUCUUUGUGGAAUAUUUCGCUUUGGAUCUGUUGAUGAAUAGUGAUGGGAGCUGCCAGGGAGUGAUAGCUUUGAACAUGGAGGACGGAACACUACAUAGAUUCUGUGCUGUUUCGACAAUUCUAGCUACUGGGGGAUAUGGUAGAGCCUACUUUUCUGCAACCUCAGCUCACACAUGCACUGGUGAUGGCAAUGCUAUGGUUGCGCGUGCUGGGCUUCCCCUCCAGGAUUUGGAGUUUGUGCAAUUUCACCCAACGGGAAUCUAUGGGGCUGGGUGCCUCAUCACUGAAGGGUCUCGUGGUGAAGGUGGUAUUCUUAGAAAUAGUGAAGGUGAACGCUUUAUGGAACGGUAUGCCCCUACGGCCAAGGAUCUUGCUUCAAGGGAUGUUGUUUCAAGAUCUAUGACCAUGGAAAUCAGGGAAGGUCGUGGUGUAGGACCUUUGAAGGAUCAUAUCUAUCUCCACUUGAAUCACUUACCCCCAGAGGUGCUCAAGGAGAGGCUUCCAGGUAUCUCUGAGACAGCUGCCAUUUUUGCUGGUGUGGAUGUUACGAAGGAGCCCAUCCCUGUCUUGCCUACUGUACAUUAUAAUAUGGGUGGAAUUCCCACAAAUCACCAUGGAGAGGUUGUUACUGUCAGAGACAGCAAUCCAGAUUCUGUGGUUCCUGGACUAAUGGCUGCUGGAGAGGCAGCCUGUGCAUCUGUUCAUGGUGCCAAUCGGUUGGGUGCAAACUCCCUUCUUGAUAUUGUUGUCUUUGGUCGGGCUUGUGCAAAUAGAGUCGCAGAGAUCCAUAGACCAGGGGAGAAGCAGAAACCUUUGGAAAAGGAUGCCGGUGAGAAAACAAUUGCAUGGCUGGACAAAAUAAGAAACUCAAAUGGUUCUCUUCCAACUUCAAAAAUUCGAUUGAAUAUGCAACGAGUAAUGCAAAACAAUGCCGCUGUUUUCCGCACACAGGAAACAUUAGAAGAAGGUUGUCAGUUAAUUGAUGAGGCAUGGGAAAGUUUCGAUGAUGUUAAGUUGAAGGAUCGAAGUCUAAUAUGGAACUCUGAUUUGAUAGAGACCAUCGAGCUGGAAAAUCUUUUGAUAAAUGCCUCUAUCACUAUGCAUUCUGCUGAAGCUAGGAAAGAGAGCAGAGGUGCACAUGCCCGUGAAGAUUUUACAAAAAGAGAUGAUGAGAACUGGAUGAAACACACAUUGGGCUAUUGGGAGAAUGAGAAGGUUCGACUGGAUUACCGGCCAGUUCACAUGAACACAUUAGAUGAUGAGAUUGAGUCAUUCCCACCUAAAGCCCGUGUGUAUUAGUUUGAGAAGGCAUAUCAUGUGCUUUAUGCAAAUGAUUUAUGAGGUGUGCAACAACUCAGCCCGGAAUAAGUUAUGGAGAAAAAGGAUGCAAUAAAGUAUUUGUACGUACAGCGCUUUUGGCAAUAUUUGUGCCAUUCAUCAAUCAUUGAACUUUUGUGAUUGAAAGCAUCAACAAGUUUAAAUCUUAGUCCGAAUUUUGUAUUUCCCUUGGUCAGCAAUAAGGUUAUCCGUCGCUUGAUUUGAGAAGCCUUUGUACG